ACAGAGGAAGUCAGUGUCAGAUUCAGUCACUGUCAGGUGUGUGUCUCAGAAAGCUGUAGCUCUCUAAUCAAAGACAGCAUGAUGAACCUGCUUUAUGUCCUUUUAUUGGUCCUUUGGUCAUCUUUCAAUUCGUCUGAUGCAUGGUACUACACAGAGCCGCCUCUCACUACAGCUCAACCUUCACUAACAGCAUCUUCAAAUCCCUGCCGGUACUGGUACAAUGCAGCAUGUUAUUGGACCACUAUUCAACCCAGAAACACGAGCACACUGCAUUACAAGACGCAGACUCAAACCCCAUGGAGGAGACCGUAUUACCAGAUGACAGCCCAAACCCCAUGGAGGAGACGGUAUUACCAGAUGACAACUCAAACCCCAUGGAGGACACCGUAUUACCAGAUGACAACUCAAACCCCAUGGAGGAGACGGUAUUACCAGAUGACAACUCAAACCCCUUGGAGGAGACCGUAUUACCAGAUGCCAACCGAAACCCCAUGGAGGAGACGGUAUUACCAGAUGCCAACUCAAGCCCCAUACAGGAGGAGACCGUACUACCAGAUGACAACUGAAGCCCCCUACAGGAGGAGACCGUAUUACCAGAUGACAACUCAAGCCCCAUACAGGUGGAGACCGUAUUACCAGAUGACAACUCAAACCCCAUGGAGGAGACGGUAUUACCAGAUGACAACUCAAACCCCAUGGAGGAGACGGUAUUACCAGAUGCCAACUCAAACCCCAUGGAGGAGACGGUAUUACCAGAUGACAACUCAAACCCCAUGGAGGAGACCGUAUUACCAGAUGCCAACUCAAGCCCCCUACAGGAGGAGACCGUAUUACCAGAUGACAACUCAAGCCCCAUACAGGUGGAGACCGUAUUACCAGAUGACAACUCAAACCCCAUGGAGGAGACGGUAUUACCAGAUGACAACUCAAACCCCUUGGAGGAGACCGUAUUACCAGAUGCCAACCCAAACCCCAUGGAGGAGACGGUAUUACCAGAUGCCAACUCAAGCCCCAUACAGGAGGAGACCGUAUUACCAGAUGACAACUCAAACCCCAUGGAGGAGACCGUAUUACCAGAUGCCAACCCAAACCCCAUGGAGGAGAUGGAUUUACCAGAUGCCAACUCAAGCCCCAUGGAGGAGACCGUAUUACCAGAUGACAACUCAAGCCCCAUACAGGAGGAGACCGUACUACCAGAUGACAACUCAAGCCCCAUGGAGGAGACGGUAUUACCAGAUGCCAACUCAAGCCCCAUACAGGAGGAGACCGUACUACCAGAUGACAACUCAAAGCCCCUUCAGGAGGAGACCGUAUUACCAAACAGCAACGUCAUAUUGGCGCAUCCAAGAUGCCCCAGUACCCAACAUCACAGUGUUCAGGCAGAUGCAGGACAGAGAGCAUGUGAUGGUGAUGUGUUCAUUUGGCAGGAGGUUCAUUGAGAGCUCUUUCCAGCUGUCAGUGGAGGGUGAACACAGCUACAGCUUGAAGAUCCCACUGUGUUAUUCAAAUGAAAAGUGUGUGUUUGAUGUGAAAGUGAGCUCACCUGUUUCCUUCACCUGUGUGCACGAGAUUAAUUCUGUGGUGAACCAUCGCAGUGAGACAUACACCUACAGCCCAUCUGCUCAACCUCCAGACAUGAGAACACCAGAUUACGAGAAGCAAAUCUUGGAUUUUUAUAAGGAAGGAGUAUCUUCAUUCUACAUCUGCUUUUUCACCUUCAUUGCUGUUGGUCUCGUCAUCAUGACUGCAGCAGUGAUCAUGACCAUCAUCAGGAGCAAAGCUAAAGGUUCAAAGAUUACUGCGGCAGCUAAUGACUAUAAAGAUGUAUAAGAAGACGGAGUUUCUCUGAAGAGGAAUGAAUGGACAACUAAUCAAUUAAUCAAUUCAGACUGAUCAAAUAAUUUUCUGCACGCUGAACUGUGAUACUCAUAUAUACUGUGUGUGUGUGUGUGUGUGUGUGUGUGUUUGUGUGUGUGUAUAUAUAUAUAUAUAUAUAUAGCAAAGGAAUUUUUUUUAAUUAAUCAUAACAAAUAUUCCUUUUUUCUUGCAGGAUUAACAUUUAUAUGCUUUUAAAAACUAAAUGUCCCCCGAGUCACCAAAUACCCCCACUAACCAGAGUGUGUCUGAAUAUAACAAAAGAGGAAACAAAACUAAAUGGCUGUCUGAAAAUAUAUAUUUUAUUUAACCUCAUGACCCUAGAAACAAGCUGAAGUAUCAAUGAAUCCAGAUUUGUUUUUACCUAGUAACAGAGAAUUAUACAUAUGAAGAACCAAUCAUAUUAAAAAAUUAUGUAAUGAAUCAUGUCACAUUUACUAUAAACUUAUUCUAUAGAAACUGUUGAACUCUUUUGUUCUGUCUGAAAUUGGUCUGAGAUCCUCCAGGCUGUGAUUAAAGCAUAUUCAAAGGCA